GUACCAUCUUUGGAAAUCAAAUAUCUCGAGGAAGGAAACCGAAACCAAAUCGACAGAACCCGGAAAUCAAAAACCCAUCACCAGAUCUAGAAAUCAAGAAAAACCCCUCUUUCUUUCUCUCUAUAGAAAUUAAUCAGGAUGCUGCACUUGUUCUUCGCAGUAGCUUUCUCAGCGGUGCCGUUGACUCUGUAUGUUCCUCCUGUCAGAAGCUUGAAUCUUUUCGUACAAACCAUGGAAGAUCUAUGGAGGGAAUCGAGCAUCUAUACGCAUAGGGUUUACCCUCGGGUACGAUACGCCUUCUGUAGGAUCUUGGAUUGUAUGCUCUGCAACACCAACACCCCCCAUUAGGCCUCCAUCUCCGGCAUUCAGCUUCAGCUUGUAUAUAUCUUUCGUUUUUCACUGCAAUUUCUGGUUCAGGCUUGGUUUCUGUGAUGUUGAGUUUUUAUAUUCAGUCGUAAUAAAAUCGACCAAUUUUCUCUU